UCAAUGAUAUUCUGUUAAUAAGAAAGUAAGUCGUCACAUGACAUUGACAAUUUGAAGCUUUAAAAGUACAGUUUCAAGAUGGAGGAUUCGACUUCUAUCUCAUUGAUAUUACUGAUUAGUUUAAAGCUGCUUGCCUCGCAAAAUUUACCCAAAAUACAACCAUUUUAUUUUCCUAAGCAAGUAAUUCUUGGACAGAAAGUUAGUACAAUAUGUACAGCUAUUGCUGGAGAUCCUCCUCUAGAAUUUUCAUGGUUGAAAGAUAGCAGAGAGAUUCAAUCUAAAGAUGAACUCUCAAUUCAGUCCUACAAAGAUUAUUCGGUGUUACUUAUAGAGAGUGUUCAAGAUCAGUCUGCCGGAAAUUAUACGUGUAUUCUUAAAACAUCCAUGGGUGUGGAUAAGUUUACCGCAAAUUUGGAUGUAAGAGCACCUGCAAGAUGGAUCAAGGAACCAGAAGAUAAGCAUGUUACCGUGGGAAGUUCGGUAGCCUUGGAAUGUGAAGCUACCGGAUUACCCUUACCGACAGUUUCUUGGAGGAAAAUAGAUGGAGGUUUAUUUCAAGAAGAUUCCAAAAUAGGAAAAAAUGAUUUAUCCAUUGAAAAUAUAAAAGCUAUAGAUGAAGGGAAAUAUGUCUGCGAAGCAAAAAAUGGAAUUGGUGAUCAAUUAAGUAAAAUAAUCACCAUUAUUGUACGUGGUAAGAAAAUUUAUUUAUUCAAAAUAUUAUAUGAUACAAUUCUAAUAAACAAUGUCAAACAAUAAAAAUUUAUGGCUCUUUUAAUUUUUAAUACCACUUAAUUUUUUUUAUUAAUUUAUAAUGUAAUUCUUAGAUAUUAUAUUCAAC